GCAGCGGGCCCCGUCCGCGGCCGCCGCGCUCCCCGGUCCUCCCUCGCUCGUCUCCUUUGCUCAUAUUUGGACUCGGCUGCCCGUGCCCAGGAAUUUCCCGUCAUGCCUCCCGCCGCCCCGUCCGUCGCCGGGAGCCAGGGAGGGAAGAAGGGCGGCUCGGACGGCGGCGGCGGCGGCGGCUCCCUGGCCUUUCCAUGAGCCCGUGGCGGACCCUCCCGCGCCCCCUUUCUCUCUGCCUCUGCCUCUGCCUGGCUGCCGCCCCGGCGUGGGAAGCCGCGCAGUCCGAGUGACAUCACUGCCUCUCUUCCUGUGUGCUGGUUUUUGACACAAGCCAGAUGGCCACCGUGAUCGGUAGGCGCCCAGGCCGCCUGGUACAGCAGUUGAUGAAACAGAAUGGGAAGACAUUUUAUGAUCAGCUGCGGGAGCACAAUGAGGCUGCAGCUUUGCUAAUUCUUGCUGCUGUUCUUUGCCUGUCGUUUUGUUGGUGAAGAUAUCACAGUGAUGUCUGCCUUCAACCUGCUGCACUUGGUGACCAGGAGCCAGCCAGUAGCCCUGCGAGCCUGUGGGCUCCCCUCAGGGUCAUGUAGGGAUAAAAAGAACUGUAAGGUGGUCUUUUCCCAGCAGGAGCUGAGGAAGCGGCUAACACCCCUGCAGUACCAUGUCACUCAGGAGAAAGGGACGGAAAGUGCCUUUGAAGGAGAAUACACACAUCACAAAGAUCCUGGAAUAUACAAAUGUGUUGUUUGUGGAACUCCAUUGUUCAACUCAGAAACCAAAUAUGACUCUGGCUCAGGUUGGCCUUCAUUCCAUGAUGCGAUCAGUUCCGAGCUCAUUACGUUCACAGAUGACUUCUCCUACGGGAUGCACAGGGUGGAAACCAGCUGCUCUCAGUGUGGUGCUCACCUCGGGCACGUUUUUGAUGAUGGACCUCGUCCAACCGGCAAAAGAUACUGCAUAAACUCAGCUUCCUUGUCGUUUACACCGGCAGAUAGCAAUGGCCCUGCUGAGGGAGGCAGUGGGCUCAGUGGCCCAGCACCGGCGGACAAAGCAGAGCUGUAGAGUUCUGGAGAGGGAUGGAAACAACGGGUACUCCAUGCACCGCCUACUAAGGAAGCGAUCAAAUGGUUUCUGUUUGUAGAUGUGUUUUUCAAAAAAAAAAAAAAACCUUUUAGGGCAGUUUUGUGUUGGUGUUUUUUUUCCCUUUUGCUUGAACCAGAACCCCUGCCCAUCCAUGUAAUUUGCUCUUGACUAGAUUGGAAACUAUUUAUAGUGUUAGCCAGCAGAGAUAACUUUGUGAAACCUCUUCACAAGCCUCAGUAUGUGGCCUUUGGCAUCGUUUUCUUUCAGCACAUGACUUUGCCCCGGGUUUGUUUCUCUUGAUCCAGAUGCAGAGGGUCCCUUGGUCUUGAGAACAGAGAUCUCUUGUGUGUGGAGCAGAGACCAGGGCUGGGGGUGCAGGUCAGGGAUAGCUGCAUGACACAUGGCCUUGAGGCAUUACACAGAUCUGCCCAAGAUAAGGUUGGAGUGAUAGCUUAUGAGACUUCUCAGCCUGGUGGAAAGUUUGAGCUCAGGUCGUUUUUUCUCACUGAAAGGGUGUGAAGGUCUAAAGUCUUUCCUUAUGUUAAAUUGUUGCCAGAUCUGAGGGGGUGCAUAGAGUGUUGUGGCAGAGAAGUAAACAUUACCUCAUGGUGUGACCUUUACUUUAUUUUAUUUUCCAUUGAAAACAUUGGAAUGUAGGACAACUGUAAAAUGUCGAGCUCCCUUUUGUCCAAAGUUCACAAAGAAGAACACCUGCCCAUUGCCUUUUUAUAAGUCCUUCUCUCCACACCUAAUAUCAGCUGCAGGUGGAAGGGCAUUUGGGUAGAUUCCACUGCACAAAGUAAAAUAUUGGGGACAACACACUUCCUCAAGGCAACAGAAGUGAGAGAGCAUGGAGGAGACCAAAGAUGAAGUCUUGAGUCCUGAAAACUCCAGGGUUGGGUAGAGAAGCUGACCGUAUAGAUUAGCACAGAGAACCUGAACCAAGGGACCCUGGGCACAGAGCUCCUGUGGCCUCUACAGAGAGGUUGGGGACUAUAACAGAAGUCAAAAGGAGCCCAAGUUCCACACUUGACACUCACCUGCUGUGUGACAAGGGACAAGCCAUUUAACCUCUCUGUGCCUACUUUUCUUCACGUAUAGACUAUGACUCAUAAUAUUUGUAAAAUGUAUUGACACUCUCAGGGCAAAAUUACUGUAUUGCUAUACAAUUCAGAUCAAUGUUGUAAGAUUAAACUGAUCUGGUUCUAAUUGCCUCAAAGGCUGAAACCCAGGCAUUUGAAAUGGAAAGAAGCAGAGAUGAGGUUGACUUAGCUGAUUGGUAUGGAAACAGUUGGGCCAAGAGCCAGAACAUUUUCUUUGUAGCAGCAUGGCUGGUUUUACUUUGAGAAGUUUGGUUUGGUUGCUUUGUAGCAUUCAGUCUGGUGAGAUGGAUGUCAUUGAGCACCAUAAGGUUUUCACAGGUAUAAGCAAGAGUGAUUUAAGUCGACUUGGCUGUGGCUGGAUGUGAAGGUGCGUUGUGUGACUAAUGGAUACUUCAUUUAUAACUUUGAGUAUUAACCCUUGAAAUGUUGCCUUUAAAAUAUUAUUUUUGUAAAGUAUUGACAGCUUUUUUUUUAAGAAUCACAUCAUCUUUGCUUGUAAGCAUCAAGAAGAAAUGAGGGGGACACUCGGCAAUUUUAAACAAGUGAUGACCGUUUAAAAUCAGAAUGUCCGAAUGGCCAUGUCCGUGUCCUUGCAUUUCUGUGCUAGCACGUAAGAGAAGCCUUGACAUCCCGGUGACCCAUAGCUGGCCUGGAUGCUGUGGUUUUAGUAGGACCAGAGGAGUCUAGCUGUUAUCUGCAGGCACAGAUAACAAGACGCUAUCUGAGCCUGCAGAUGCUGGCUGGGCUGUGAGAUGCCCCAUCCUGGAUCAGGGGGUCACUCUGAAACUGAAAGACUUUCUUUCCCCUUUAGAAAUGAGGUGUAGGUUUAAGACCAGACAGGUCAUCAGUGUUCAGACCAUUCUGGAAGUCUUUUCCAGCCUCAUAAAGGGAGCCCCUGUGUUUUCCAGGGACCAAAGGAUCUCACGUGGGAGGGUAUAGUCACAGCCUGCGGUCCAUCCAUCAGAGAAACACACAGCACUUCCUCAGCCACUCAUGUCACAUGUGGGGGCCUCCCCGAAGGUCUACUGGAUCCAAGCCACAAGGUUAGGGUAGACAAGGAAGAUAAAUGAAGGGCUUCCUCCCUCUCCACAGAGACUCUAAAUUGUCAUUGUUUCUUCAUUUUUAUUAGCAUUUAAUAUUUCCCUGAAAAUCAAACAAGAACUCCUUUGCUAAUUUUCAGUCUUUGUUUUAAGGAAAGCCAGUUUCUCUUCUACCACAUUUUUUGGAGCAUCAGCCUUAAGAAAGUGAAACAUCCAUUGGAAAAAAAAGUGGGGUGUAUGCAUGUGGUUUAAUUCCAGAUUGCUUUUGAGUUUAAGUGGUAUCAAAUUUCAGUAUAUUUCUGUCUUAUGUUAAAGAAAUAUAUUGCUGCAACGUCAGUGAGCAAUAAUGUCAGCUGUCAAGCACUAGAUUUAUUUUUGCAGGAUAUGGAGUGCAAUGAACUGAGUCAAUAUGGCAAGGUGUAUGUGAUCUGUGGGAGUUACACCAUUUAAUGUAGGAAAUGCAUGGGGCAGUCUGCACACCGACUCUUACUGUGCCGCUAGAAGAUGCAAAGCUCUCCUGGUGCAGAAAGUGUGACCCCAGGGCCGUGCAAAUCAACUAUGAAGCAAGCAGCUGGGUCUACUGUCCUGGAGAACAUUUCUAUGUGUAAACCUUUCAUUUCUUAGAUGCGUUUGAAUUCUUAAUACAAGUGGCCUAGCAAUUUGAGAACCUCUUUAUGUUAAUUGUAUUUAAAAUGUCUCACUUUAAAUAUAAAAUAAA